AUGCGCCGACACCCACUGCGCUCCUUGCAGACAUCACGCGGCGCCGCUCCUUCCGACGCUGUGAGCCUGAUACAGAGCUAUGACUCUGAGCUGAACCCGUCGCGACCCGUCAGAGGCUCCCCUCUAGGCUCUUCGACAGACACAGGUCUCCCGCUGGAGCUCCUCGACCGCCUCAAAGCCUUUCCACUCUUCUCCAGCGCGCCGGAGAGCUUCCUCCUAUCCAUCGGCAGAAGUCUACGUCCCAGCAUCUACCAGCCCGCACAGGAAAUCAUCAGAGAAGGCGAGGAUGCGAAGGCCAUGUAUUGGCUCGUGCGCGGCUCUGUCCGUGUCACGAGCAGAGAUGGCGAGAGCACAUAUGCAGAGCUGAAGCCGGGCGCCUUCUUUGGCGAGAUCGGUAUUCUGAUGGACAUGCCCCGCACUGCAAGCAUUGUGGCCAGCAUACGAAGUCUGGUGGUCAGGCUGAACAAGGAGGACCUGCAGAAACAGCUCCCAUCGUACCCGGAUGUUGAGAGAGCGAUCAGAGACGAGGCCCUGGAGAGACUGUCGAUACUGAAGAGGAAGAAGAAAGAGCAAGGCGUGAGUCCUCAUAGUGGUCAAGAUGGCAGCAUACGGCCUCCCGCGGCACCGCGAAAGCGAUCGCGAGACUGGAUUGCAGGAGAUGUUGAGAUGGGCGAGGCAGGAUCGUUGGAGGAUGGCGAAGUGACAAGCAACAAGAAGAGGAAAUCUCCGUCUCCAGGCAUCGCGGAGGUCGCGGCUUCGAGCGGGUUGGGCAGUUCUCCCUUGACUGUUCGGCAACUGCUCAAAGAGCUGCCUCUCUUCUCUGGACUGCCGGCGGACAUAUUGCACUUUCUGGGCGUCAAUGCUCAACCCGUGUCAUACCCACCUUUUACGGAAAUCGUGAAGCAAGGGUCCAGUGGAAGGGAGGUAUACUUCAUCAUCAAGGGUGAUGUUGAGGUGCUCACAGAGGUUCCCGGCUCCGCGAGUGCUCCCACGUCGCUCAGCCCUAAUACCGGAACGAAUGGAAACACGCCACAGCCAGAGCUACGCAUACGUGCUCGCCUUACGGCAGGGCAGUACUUUGGCGAAGUUACAAGUUUGAGCUUAUCACCGGGUCGAACAGCUACUGUGCGAAGCGUCAAUGCUGUUGAAUGUCUUCUUAUCAACGGAGAUGUGCUAGACAGCUUAUGGCGAAGAUGCAGUCCGCACCUUCGGCAGCAAGUAGAAAGCGAAGCCAAGAGGCGCCUCACUGCUGCACGAAAGGACGAUGAUGUUGUAAUGGCAGAUGUCGGAGCAUCUCUUGGUCAACACACUAGCACAACAGAUGCCACAACCCAAGGAGUGGACACGUCAGGACAGGACGACAACGACUGGCGCAAGGAUCUCCCUACUGUCAAGUUCGAGGAGCCGUUGGACCUGGACGGUCCCUCGCACUCACCUACGAUGGUGCCCCAGAUGGAGCCCAUUGACCCAGAUCCAUUCUUCAACGAGAACCUUGACAACAUGCGAGCAAAGUCUCGAAGAUCAUCGUUGGCGCCACCCUUGCCUCCAGCCGAUGGACAGCUCUCUGCUCUGACAGAACAUCGUACGCCUAGUCCUCCAUCGGUGCGAGUCAUAUCGUCUUCGCCGCUCAAGCCAGCACAGUACCACAAGUUAUCACCGACCUCUUCCCCAGCGGCUGCUUCGCCGAGCUCUUCGCUACGGCUAAGCCCUGUGGCUAGCAGGCGGCCAAGUCUUGUAAGAAGUCCUUCCAACUAUGGACAAGGCAAGCUGCCAGACUCCGUACUGGUCAAAGUGCUGAAGAAGCUCGAUCUGGCCCAACUCAUGCGGUGCCGACAAGUGAGUGGGCAUUGGCACCAGCUUAUAUCCAACUCCGCAGAGGUGAUAACUUUCCUCGACUUGGCCAAGUAUAACAGGUGCGUGACCGAUGAAGCUCUAAGAGAUGUCAUUGUUCCAUUCAUCGGCAAUCGCCCUACUGAGAUCGACAUGUCAAACUGUUUCCAUGUUACGGACGAAGGCUUCAAGAUCCUCACGGAUGCUUGCGGCGAAUCAGCAAGAGUCUGGAAGAUGAAGUCAGUGUGGGACGUCACUGCACCUGCAGUCCUCGCUCUCGUGGAGAAGGCCAAGCAACUGGAAGAGAUAGACCUCAGCAACUGCCGAAAAGUGGGCGAUAACCUUCUUGCGCGAGUAGUUGGCUGGGUUGUACCAGAGACGAAACCCGGACAACAACCUAUGCAGCCCUCACAUCCACUCAACGGAAAGCGACCACCCUCGAAGCGGCACUCGUCCUCUCUGACAGUACCUGGUCAGGACGCUCAGCCUCCGCCGCCGGGCACAGUCGUUGGAGCACCGAAAUUGAAACGCCUCACGCUCUCAUACUGCAAGCACGUCCAAGAUCGCAGUAUGGCACAUAUCGCAAUUCAUGCUGCCGACCGCCUGGAAAGCCUUGACCUGACAAGGUGUACCAGUAUCUCAGACGCCGGCUUCCAUUCCUGGGGUGUGUACGACUUCCGUAAUCUCAAGAGACUUGUGCUUGCCGACUGCACCUACUUGAGCGACCAAGCUAUCGUCGGAGUAGUGGGCGGCUGUCGGGGUCUCAGAGAGCUGGACUUGUCUUUCUGCUGCGCACUCUCCGACACGGCGACAGAAGUCCUCAGUCUCGGAUUACCACAACUACGGAAACUGGAUAUGGCGUUCUGCGGGUCUGCUGUCAGCGAUAACAGCUUACGAUGCAUUGGACUUCAUCUCCUCGAGCUGCGAUACCUGAGCGUACGCGGUUGUGUUCGAGUCACUGGCGUCGGCGUCGAAAGUGUUGUCGAAGGGUGUCGAUACCUUGAAUUCUUCGACGUCAGCCAGUGCAAGAACCUGCGCCCUUGGCUGGAGCGAGGCGGUGUGCAAAGAGUCAAUGGAUCUGGAGCGAGGAAUGUCAGAUUUGACAUUGUGGCUGAUGGAUCUUGGAGGACAGAUGCGAGGUGA